GAGACAGUGAUGGUAGACAGGUUCCUGUCCUCUCUUAUCUCUUCUCUGCUAUCUGAUCAAUUGUAAAUGCAGAACAUCUUCACUUCACUUACCAUGGCCUCCUCCAACUCCAAACAACUUCACAAAAAUCUUCAUGAAACCCAAUGGCUUCUUCAAAUCACUCAACUUAUUGAACCAAAUAACCUUCAAACAGCCUUACAAACUCCCACUUCAAUCUUUAAGCUGCCCCAUUCCAUCACCAACAACAACCCACAACUUUACUUCCCUCGCUAUAUUGCUUUUGGGCCUUACCAUCAUUUCAGAAAUGACCUCUAUCAAAUGGAAUUACACAAGCUCCAUAAUGCAAUCAACUCAACACACUCUUUCCAACUUCCUCAACUCGACCAAAUUGUUCAACAACUCAAGAAAUUAGAUAUCAAAAUCAGAUCUUGUUUCGAUAACUUUCUUGAAAUUGGGUCUGAGGCCUUGGCUUGGAUCAUGCUCAUUGAUGGGUUGUUCUUGAUUCAGCUGCUACCAAUUUCCAACAAUGAAAAGGAUGAGACCAGAAGAUUGCUUCCUGAUCUUGUUCUUCUCCCCUCUCCAUUUCCUUCCUUUGUUGAACAAAAGUUGUAUUCUUGUCUAAUUGAAGGAAAUUUGAUGACCCAUGAUGAGAUUGUGAAAGAUAUCCUUAUGCUUGAGAAUCAAAUCCCACUUCUUGUUCUCAAAAACAUUUUACCAGAAAAUUUUAGCAACAAACUGGAUUUGUUGUUCUUCAAAUUUUGUGACUUUGUUUCUCCCAUCCAACUACCUCCUCAUGACAUCCCCGAAUUCAUGCGUUACAGGGGAUAUACUGAUUUAUCUCAAAUUCUUGAACAAUCUCAUCAUUUGCUUCACUUUCUUUAUCUUUUGAUUUUGGAUAAAAGUUCAAGUAUUGAUUGUCCUGUUGGAAUGGCAUUAUGUUCUGCUUCUUUGGGUGUGGAACUGUUAAAUAUUUUCGCUUCUGUUCUUCAAAUUGCCUUCUUACAACAGCUGAGUGAAGCUGCGGGUUUGAUCCAAACCUUGUUUGGAUUGCUUGGGAGAACUGGGUCGUCAUCUUCUUCCACAGACAACGACAUCAACACCCCGCCAUUGAUCCCAUCCGCCAGUGAACUUCAAAGGGUCGGAGUGAAGUUACAAGGCAACUACCAAGACUUUCAUAACAGCAUUAGAUUCAAGCAAGAUCCCAGAAAAAUUUGUUUAGAGUUACCAACGAUCACCAUAAAUGCCUUCUCCGAAGUUCUUUUCAGAAAUUUGAUGGCAUUUGAAGCAGCAACUAAACUAAACCCUCCAUGUUUUAGCUAUUAUGUAGCAUUGAUGAGCUGGUUGAUAACCACAGCCAAUGAUGUCAAGAUAUUAAAGCAAGAAAGAAUUAUUGAGAGUCAUUCAUGCAGUGAAGAAGAGGUAGUUAAAGUGUUUGGUGGACUAAGAAAUGUAUUGGAGCUUCAUCAGAAAAGCUAUUAUAAGUCUUGUACAAUCAUGAACAUGGCUGAGAUUCAAAUCGCUAAAGACAUCAAUUGCUAUUAUGAAAGCUGCUGGAAGGUGAAAGCCAGAAGAUUGGUUAAGAGAUACGUUAAUCCAGUAUUGAAGCUCAUAUUUAUUCUGGUUGUGAUUUUGCUCGUUGUUGUUGUUGUUGUUCGCACAUUUUGUGGCUGGUUUGGUUGCUCUAGAAUUUUGCAUGUGGUCUCUGGUGCGGCAAAAACUUGAACAGUUACAAUUGAUGUGCAAUCCUGCUUAGUGAAAUGGAAAUGGAUGUGCAAUCAUUUCUACACGUCAUUUAGAGACUACCAUUAAAGUUUUGUUUUUUGUAGUGCACAUCAACGCAGGCAGAGGAAUGGUUUUGUAACCUUACAAGGGGAAAACUUUCAGAGAAUCAAAAUUAAAGACAAAGCUGCAUGACAGCAUGAGAGAAUUUUUAA